CUGCCGUUUGUUUUCGUUAAAUCCGUAUUUAGAUUCCACUGUUUCUCUAAUCAUCGUCACCGACUUCAUUCUGAUCUGUGGGCUGCGCAAGAAACAGAGUACUAAAAUGUGUGGGACUCUCGCCGCCGAUUACCAGCUCCGUGAAGAGAUUGGCCGCGGAAAUUUCGCGAAGGUUUACCGCUGCUUCUCGCCGUCCACCGGCGAUUUCUUCGCCUGCAAAACCAUUAAGAAGAGCCUCGUCGCCGACCGCCGCUUCUUGGAGCAGGAGCCCAAGAUUCUCAUGCUGCUCGCCGGCGCCCCCAACAUCCUCCGCCUCUUCAAGGUGUACGAGGAUGAAGAUUCCGUCCACCUCAUCACCGAGCUCUGCGACGGCGAAGACCUCUACGAGCGCGUCUCGCGGGGGCCAAUGCCGGAGCCCUCUGCCGCCAAGAUUUUCCGGCAGCUCAUGUCGGCGAUCAGCUGCUGCCACCGCGCCGGGAUCUCCCACCGAGACGUGAAGCUGGACAAUGUGCUUUUCGACUCGGCGGGGAAUCUGAAGCUCGCCGACUUCGGGUACGCCGCCGAUUUCAGGGGCGGCCGGAUGUCGGAGUUUGUGGGGACGCCGUACUACGUGGCGCCGGAGAUUCUGAUGCGCCGGGAGUAUGACGAGAAAGUUGACGUGUGGAGUGCCGGCGUGAUUCUGUACAUGAUGCUUGCCGGAGUUCCGCCGUUCUGGGGCGAGACUACGGCGGAGACGUUCAAGGCGGUUUUGAGGGCAAAUUUGGUAUUUCCCACGAAGUUAUUCCGGUCAAUUUCUCCGGACGCGAAAGAUCUGCUGAGAAAGAUGAUCUGCAAAUAUCCUUCUAAGCGCUUAUCUGCAGACGAAGUAUUAAAACAUCCAUGGAUGAUCAAUGGUGGAGAGACAGAGCAGAAGGAGAGCUGUUUGAUUUGUUAGAUCAAGGCUUUUUUCCAUCCAGUAGUUGAAGUAUAAUGUUCAAGGAGCUGACCUUGAUUAGUUUGGCCAACUCCAGUCAAAGGGGUGAAGCACUUUUUUUUUAACUCCACCCUCACUAUCAUAUAUGGUGAUUUUAACAUUCUAAUUAUGACUAGUAUUGUACCCGUGCGAUGCACGGUACAAUAAUGAUACAUAUUCACUAAGGUUUUGCUAUUUCAAUGUCUGGAAAAUACAAACUUUAUCUAAGUAAACAAA